AUGGCUUACACACCUCUCUCUCUCCUCGUCCUUCUAUCACUCACCACCCUGCUCCUCCUCCUUUCUCCUCAAACACAAGCCCAAUCGCCCUCUGCUCCGGCCCCCGCCCCCUCUGGCCCGAUCAACAUCACGGCGAUCCUCGAAAAACCUGGCGGAUUCAGCGACUUCAUCCACUUACUCAAUGUGACACAAGCCGGAAACCAAAUCGACAACCAAGUCAACAACUCCAAUGACGGUAUGACCGUCUUUGCCCCGACUGACAACGCCUUCGACAACCUCCCGGCGGGCACUCUUAACAAGCUGACCAUGGAACAACAAGUACUACUUGUUCAGUACCAUGUUUUGCCCAAGUUCUAUAGCUUAACUGAUCUUCUAACGGUGAGCAACCCGGUCCAAACACAAGCCAAUGGCCCGAACGGUAAGAAUUUCGGACUCAAUUUCACCGGCCAGGGGAACCAAUUAAACGUCUCGACUGGAGUCGUUGAAACCCAAAUCUACAAUGCCGUACGCUCUAAUCGUCCUUUGGCUGUUUACCAAGUGGAUAAAGUGUUGUUGCCAUUGGAAUUCUAUGAAUCUCUAGCUCCGUCCUCCUCUCCACCACCACCACCUGAAAACGCCCCAGCUAGUGGCCCCAGUGGUACAAAGACGACAGCUGCAAAGCCAUCUUCUACAAAUGAUUCUGGGAGGAUGAAUGUGGGGGUGGAUUUGGUUGCUGGUCUUUUGUUGUUUUGCAUUGGAUAUCUUUCUUGA